AUGCAUCCCCAUCUGGCCACCCCGGAGCGACAACUGGUGUGUGGCGACUUCAUACAAGCCUUGGAACGAUGUCAUGCAUCGGGAUGGUGGUUUCGCUAUACAGGGGGAUGCAAUGAGGAGAAGGACGCCUUGCGAAUGUGUCUGAGGCAAGAGAGAAUUGAUAGAACCCAAAAGAAUCUGGAGAAUGCACGACUACGCCGUGCAUCGUCCCAGCAAGCGUGGCAAGAGAUGCAGUCCGAUUAG